AUGGAUUCAUACCCUUCUCAGGUCAAUCUCCCGGCGAAGCUGGAGGCCAGUAGGAUAAAUGCGCUACCACCCGCCGCCUAUUAUAUCGCCGACUUCAUCAGUGAAGAUGAAGAGCAAGCAAUCCUGCACAAGGUAGAAACAGCACCCAAGGCGAGAUGGAGGCAGCUUACGCAUCGACGGCUCCAAACCUGGCCGUCGGAUCUCGUCAAAGACACGUUACUCGAUGCCCGGCCGCUACCCGACUGGUUAGAGCAGCCCGUUGUGCCGCGCUUGCUCUCAAUCCCGCUAUCUGAUAACGAGCCGAAUCUCUUUGCCACGAGCCCCCAUGGUCGACCGAACCACGUCCUUAUCAACGAGUAUCCCCCAAGCACAGGUAUCAUGCCGCACAAGGACGGCGGCGCGUACCAUCCCGUCGUCUGCACAGUGAGCCUCGGCUCCAGCUUGUGCCUCAAUCUUUACAAGAGCAAGGAGGAUGGCGCGCUAGACCCGGAGCCUGUAUGGAGAAUUCUGCAAGAACCGCGCAGUCUCUUGGUUACGACUGCCGAACUCUAUUCUGAGUAUCUCCACGGCAUAGAGCCGAUCUCAGCCGACGUAAACAUCUCGGAGCAGACCAUCGCUAACUGGAGCCUGCUGCGCUCGCCGUCGCUCUACCGAGAUGGGCUCAACCAGCGAAAGACGCGCAUCAGCCUGACAUAUCGCGACGUUCUGAAGGUCUCGAAACUGGGAAGCAAGCUUGGGCCCAUGUUCAAGCUGCCGUGA